CACACACAAAGUAUUAAAUACAAUUAAAUAUAUGCAAAAAAGAGCAACAAAAGUCAAACUUUUCUUGGAAAUUUGGAAAUUCAUUGCAGCAUCUAAAAUCAUUAAAAUUAAACAAUAAAUAAAGUAUAAUUGUGAAAAAUUAAUUGUUGUCAAUUGACGGAAUAAAUUAUUGUAAAAUUUAAAAAUAAAUAAUAAUUUUUCAUAAUGGUUGAUUACAGCAAGUGGAAAGACAUAGAAAUAUCAGAUGAUGAAGAUGAUACUCAUCCAAAUAUUGAUACACCAUCAUUAUUUCGUUGGCGUCAUCAGGCCAGAGUUGAACGAAUGGAAGAACAAAAGAGAGAGAAAGCUGAAUUAGAGAAAAAAAAAGAAGAAACGGCUAAAAAACUCAAAGAAGCAAAAGAAAAAUUGGAAACUAUUGAGAAAGAAAAAACUGAUACAAAAAAUGUUGGUGAAUUGAAAAAAGCACUUCAAGAAUUAGAGCUAGAAGAAGAAAAAGUCAAAGAAAAAGAAGCUGAAUUAAACAAAAAAGAAGUUAUGGCACCUUGGAAUGUUGAUACAAUUGCACAACCAGGUUUUGCUAAAACAGUUAUAAAUGUAAAGCCCAAAAGACAAGAUGAUUCAGAACUAAGUGAAGAUGCAAAGGAGGAAAAAAUGAGAGAAUUUGUCAAAGCAAAUGAAAAAAAAUUAAAACAAUUUGGUAUGCUUAGAAGAUAUGAUGAUAGCAAGAAAUUUUUAACUGAAAAUCCACAUCUAGUUGGUGAAAAUACAGCAAAUUAUCUUGUUAUCUGGUGUAUCAAUUUACAAAUGGAAGAUAAAAGUGAGCUGAUGAAUCAUGUUGCUCAUCAGUGUAUUUGCAUGCAAUAUAUACUUGAACUAUCUAAGCAUCUUGAUGUUGAUCCUCGAGCAUGUGUUAGUUCAUUUUUCACGCGAAUUCAAGUUGCUGAUGCUGACUAUAAAAAAUCAUUUGAUGAUGAGCUGAUUGCAUUUAGAGAAAGAAUUCGUAAACGAGCUGCUGAAAAACUUGAAAUUGCAAUUCAAGAAGCUGAAGAAGAAGAAAAACAAGCACGAUUGGGUCCUGGUGGCCUUGAUCCAGUUGAAGUUUUUGAAAGUUUACCAGAGGCACUUCAAAAAUGCUUUGAAGCACAAGACAUUCCGCUUUUACAAAAAACUGUUUCUGAAAUGCCAGAAGAUGAAGCUAAAUAUCACAUAAAAAGGUGUGUUGAUAGUGGUCUCUGGGUACCAGAAGCCAAAGGCAAGAAAGAAGAAUCAUCAACUGAAACUAUUGAUCCAGAAGAAUCUGUCAAUGUUUAAAUAAUUAACUAAAAAUCAUGAUGCCACCUUAUUAAUUUGGAAUUUCUAAUUAUAAAUAAAUUUACCAUGAUUUUUAUUGUUCAUCAAUCAAUUAUUACAAUUUGUAUAAAAUAAAAAAUAAAAACCCAAUGAAUAAAUAAUACUUUGUUUGUUAUCACUUGAGGUGUUGAUAAAAAAAAAAAACAGAAUGUAUUUUUUUCAAUUAUUAUUUUAAACUUUAUACUUGAACUCAAUUAAUAAUAAUAUUUUUAUUUACUUUGGCUUUUUAAAAAAAAAACAAUAUUGAAUAUUAUUUUAUAAAUUAAAAUGAUAAUUAAUUUUACUCUAAUAUUUGUUGUUUAAAUAAAAAUAAUAUUUCUAAUUAUUUACCUAUAUAAAAAAA